CCGGCCACCGCGGGGCCGCCAUGCCCGCCAAGUCCAAGUAUAACCUGGUGGACGACCGGCACGACCUCCGCAUCCCCCUGCACAACGAGGACGCCUUCCAGCACGGCAUCUGUUUCGAGGCCAAGUACAUCGGGAGCCUGGAUGUGCCACGGCCAAACAGCCGGGUGGAGAUCGUGACGGCCAUGCGGCGGAUCAGGUAUGAGUUUAAAGCCAAGAAUAUCAAGAAGAAGAAAGUGAGUCUCAUCGUGUCAGUGGAUGGCGUGAAGGUCAUUCUGAAGAAGAAGAAGAAGCUUCUUUCGUUGCAGAAAAAAGAAUGGGCCUGGGAUGAGAACAAAAUGCUCGUCAUGCACGAUCCCAUCUACAGGAUAUUCUAUGUGUCUCAUGACUCCCAGGACCUCAAGAUAUUCAGCUACAUUGCCAGGGAUGGGUCUAGCAAUGUCUUCAGGUGCAAUGUCUUCAAAUCCAAGAAGAAGAGCCAAGCCAUGCGCAUCGUCCGGACGGUGGGGCAGGCAUUUGAGGUCUGCCACAAGCUGAGCCUCCAGCACACCCAGCAAAACGCGGACGGGCAGGAGGACGGAGACAGUGAGAGGAACGGGGACGACCUGGAUGUCCCAGCCUGCCGCCUCACCGGCGCGGAGAGGGCGGCCGCCUCGGCGGAGGAGACGGACAUCGAUGCCGUGGAGCUGCCGCUGCCUGGCGCUGACAUCCUCGACUUCAGCCGCGGCGUGACCGACCUCGACGCCGUGGGCAAGGAGGCGAGCGCCUACGCCGAUGCCAAGGUGCGUGGUUUUCAGCACCCCCAGCAAAAUAUCCUGACAGCGUCACCCAAGAUGCUGCUGCCCUCGUCUGCCCAGCUGCCUGACCUGGGAACACCCCUCUCUGCCCACCACCAAAUGCAGCUUCUCCAGCAGCUCCUGCAGCAGCAGCAGCAGCAGACACAAGUGGCCGUGGCACAGGUCCACUUGCUGAAGGACCAGCUGGCCGCGGAGGCGGCGGCACGGCUGGAGGCCCAGGCUCGCGUGCACCAGCUCCUGCUCCAGAACAAGGACUUGCUGCAGCACAUCUCGCUCCUGGUCAAGCAGGUGCAGGAGCUGGAGCUGAAGCUGGCAGGGAACACCACCACAGGCUCCCAGGACAGUCUGCUGGAGAUCACCUUCCGCUCCAACGUCCUCCCCGUCCUCUGCGACCCAACCACCCCGCAGCCCGAGGACACCCACCCGCCGCCGCUGGGCCCCGGCUCGGGCUUCCCCAGCUCCAUGGGCAGCCCCAUAGGUAGGAACGACUGUCUGGUGAAGCUGGAGUGCUACCGCUUUCGGCCGGGCUCAGGGCCACCCGCUCCGGAGCCAGCGCUGGGCAGCCUGGAGCUCAUCAAGUUCCGCGAGUCGGGCAUUGCCUCCGAGUACGAGUCCAACACGGACGAGAGCGAGGAGCGCGACUCCUGGUCCCAGGAGGAACCGCCGCGCCUGCUCCACGUCCAGCCCAGGCAGGACCUGGGCGACAGCCUGGAGGACGAAAUUGCGGUGUAG